AUGUUUCUAUUAAAAAUUAUUGAUAUUCAAUUGGAACUUAAAAAACUUUCAUUUUCAAAAAUUGGUAGUAUUUUUUUUGAUGGUAAAAAUGAUCAAUUUAAAAUUGGUCAGGUGAUUGAAAGUGACUUUUUUACUGGUGAACGAGCAACUUUAUCAACCAUGGAAAGAGGUCCUUUUGACACAACUAAUGAAUAUAUUUCAGCUGUUAUUCGAAAUCAGAUCCUUUAUCAUUAUACCUUUAAAUCUAUAGAACAACAAAAAUACUGGAUUCCAAAAUAUGAAGAAUUAUAUAAAUUAGUUCCUAAAUAUUUUCUGGAUGAAAACAAAUACACAUUUGUAUUGAUGCAUGGAGACUUUUACUCGUCAAAUAUUUUAGUCAAUGAUGAUGAAAUCACAGGAGUUAUCAAUUGGAAAUGUUCUGGCAUAUUUCCAAUAGAGUGCCUAUGUACUUUUCCAGUUUGGAUAAUUAACAAUCAAAUGAUAGAACAAACUAGCGAGAAGUCUGAAGAAAAUGUAAUACUACAGAAAUUUUUUCGUGAUGAAAUGUCUUGUCGUAAUCCUGAUUUUCUUCGCAUAUUUGACAAUAUAAAUAUAGAUGAGGAAAAAAAAGAAUUUUAUUCCGUAGUAUUUAGUCAAGAA